AGCACAACUGCUGCACAUCAAGACAAAACAGGAGAUGCUGGAGCUGCCAAACUACAAACUAAACCAAGAUGUCCCUACUAGAUGGAAUUCAAGCCAUGACAUGGUUGAGAGAUACCUUGAGCAGAAAGUUGCGGUGUAUUCUACACUGACUGAUCAAGCUGUGAGGAAGAAUGUCAAAGAUAUUGUGACCUUGUCUGAAAAUGACAUAAGACUAGCAGAGGAAGUUAUCAAAGUGUGCAAACCUCCCAAAACAGUCACAACACUUAUAUGCACUGAGAACAUUCCAUCAGUUUCCAUGGUCCUACCUAUGAAAACAAUGAUCCUGAAAUCAAUGGUGGCAUCUGAUGAAGAUGAACCCGCAGUAAGGGAUGUCAAGACUGCUAUCAGAGUUAACCUGGAGCCUAGAUAUGCUGACCCUGGUGUCCAAGACUUCUUACACAAGAGCACCACUUUGGACCCCCGGUUCAAGUCCCUGCUGUACAUGGAUGCUGCUGCUCGUCUGAGAGUCAAUGAACUCACAGCAGAAAUUGAGACCAAUAUACAACAGGGUCAAGCCCUCUCCAGAGAUGGCAGACGACAGGGGUUCUACUCCAGAAAAGGAGGUGACCUCAUACAGGGAAGUGGACUGUAUUCCCCUGGAUGCUAAUCCACUUACAGGGUGGAAGACCAAAGAGUUAACAUACCUUCAUGUUGCCAUGUUAGCAAGGCGCUACCUGGCUGAGCCUGGGACCUCUGUCCCUAGCGAGAGGGUGUUCUCCACAGCGGCUGACAUAGUCACAGUAAACCAAUCUGUGCUCACUGCAGAUCAUGUGGAAAGACUAAUCUUCUUAAAGAAAAACUUGAAAAUCUGAUUACAUUUCAUUUUUUUCCCCAAGUAACCAGUCUCAAGUGGUCCUAUUUUGUUUAAGGCACUGCUAUGUGACUUAAUUUAGAUAUAUGCUGCUGGACUAUACACUGUUGUUGAAGUUCUGUUUUAAAUGACUAUUUGUUUUCAUGUUACAAGGCAGGCCCUGUUGUUUUUUGUUGUCCCUUUGUUUCCAUAUGCUCCUGGGAAUUCAAGCUACCCAUGUUUACUAUUAUAAUAAA